GAUCGAUCAACAAAACCUCCGCGAGUACUUUACCACCACGUGUUCCCCGUCCUUUUCUGCCCACCUACCAUACUCGAGCACUGGAACACAAUCCACUCGAGUGCUGUACGUACUGGACUGUACUGUAACUUACCAGUAUUAUGAUAUCCUGCCCCAUCCAAGACUCUGUUCCGGUCUCCGCGCCAAGUACUGGAUAGAGAGGACAAACGGGUGCAAGUUCUUGGCUCGGGAACUCAAGCAAAGCUAAGUUGCAACUUACGACCUGGCUCCAAACCCAAUCACAGGACAGGUGAUUAGCUAACCCCCUCAACCCCUCACCGUUAUCGGUUGUUUGCUCACUGAGCAAGAUCGCCUACCACUACGCUUGAGGCCAUUGAGUCGACGGCUAACCAUGGAGCAACAAGUUCCAUCCUUUGGUAUUCCAUGUCCAUCCCUGAAAGUUGGACAAUGUCCAGAUGGCGAUGGAUGUGAGUACGCCCACGAUUUCAUACCUCAGCCCUGUCUAUCCGCUGCGCAAAUCGACCAUCAGAUGCGAGGCCUCGAGGAUGCCGCACCUGCUGAUCGUGCCGAGCGAACUUAUAUCAAGCGGAGCAAAGCGCGACUUCGUCGUUUAGGAGCUCGGAAGCUUGUAACCUCCAGCCUACUCGAGAGGGGAAUUGCGCCAACCAAGAAGUCCAUUAAGCAUGAGCUUGGGAGGUACACAGUAGGGCCACCAAACAGCAUUGCUUUCCCGGCUACGAGGGAGAGGGAUUUUGUGGGAGGUGGGGAAGGCGGCGGUAGAAAGCGGCAAACAGCAGAAUGGGCACGUGACCGAAGAGAACGAAAGAGGUACCUCCGCACAAAGCGGAAAGGUGUAGAGAUUCAUGGAAUGUCCAGGCGUUCGAGUGCAAACGUAUGUUACUUCUUUCUGCUUGGAUGGAUUGGGAUUCUCCGCCCUGCUUUAUUGUAACUUGGUUCAUGGUAUUAACGAGUAGACAGAGGAAGGCGCUAGCCAAGGAGGACAAAGGAGUCAGCGAAGGUGCCCCGGGCAUCAAUUCACCUUCAGUUGAGGUUUUCUUCGAAAACACCACCAUACGGGGAAGCAUGGAUGUUGAUGAAGAGGAGGUGGAAAUUUCACGUCGAGUCGAGACCAUUGGGGACUUUACGGUCAAAUACCCCGUUUCCGUACCCCUACACCUACGGGAUAGAGACUCGAACCCGUUACAAGCUACCGUGAAUUCCCCACCAGCCCAAACGCAGCAACCUUACACCGAUGAGGGGAUAGUCUAUGCUCCAUCCGGAGAGAUUGUGCUUGAAAUUGUGAAAGAGCAUGUGACAAUGAGAGAUCGGGCAUUAUCCUUCUGAUAUUCUCGCGCUAUGUAUUCACGGCAAUACUCUGUUUCUUUUGAAUAUCAAGGAUGGGAGAUGUUUUUGUGUGCAAAAAUUGGAUCAUGAUAGGAGGGCUUAUAAUUGACAUAUUUCACCGGCGAUCACUCGGUGCCCG